AGUAUGUUAAAAUUUCCAUCUUUUCCUAAAUAAUAUUCAGAAUUAGAUGAAACUUAAGAAUAGAAUGAACUUUUUUUUAGUAAUUCGAAAUAAAGAAAGGAGGAAAGCUUAAAGUUAUUAAAAGAAUGGGCUUAGAAUAGAAUGGAAUUAUUUGAAAGAAAUAGAGAAAUUGUAGAAGAAUUAGCUAAUUCUUGUGAUUACAAAAUACGAUUAUCAGUUGAUUUCCUUCAAAUUAUUUACAAAUUUUUCAAUGAAAAAUAUUUUCAUGAACAACAAUAUGCUCAAUUUCUUAUUACUAAACCUUAACAUGCAUUGAAAUAAAAUCCAUUAAAUUAAUAAUUGUAUUCUACAGUAGGAACUUCAAUAUCAACAUUUGAAGAGUAUAAUUUGAAAAGAUUAGAAAAAAUUGCAAAUUUUGCACAUGCAAUUUAAACUGAAAUACUUAAAGCCUAAUCUUUUAGUGAAUUGAGUGAUAUGGAUAGAUAAUUGGAUUUGCUCUUGAGUUCAAUAAUUACAUAGAAAAAGUUACUAUAAAAUUACAUUACAUCAGCAGGUUAGAAAUUAAAUUUAAUAAUCUAAUAAUUUCCAUAGCAUUAAGUACCUUAAAGAUAGAGAAAACCAAUAUUUGAUGAUUAAUAAUAAUAAUAAUAAUAAUAAUAAUAAUAAUAAUAAUAAUAAUAAUAAUAAUAAUAAUAAUAAUAAUAUUAAUAUUAAUAAUAAUAAUAAAGUAAAACUGAUAAAAUAUUAUAAAAUAUAUCAGCAAUAGGAACUUUAUUAGUAGGAUCAUCAUCUCUAUAAGAUCCAGUUGAAAUGGAGCUUAAUUAAUAGAUGAAAGAAUAAGAAAGAUAAAUUAGGGAAUAAUAAUUAAAAGAAGAGUAAAGUUUAGGUAAUGGAAAUGAAUUAUAAUAAGAAAAAUAAGAAUAAUAAGAAUAAUAAUAAUAAGUAAUAUAAGCAUAAUAAGUAAAAUAAGUAUAAUAAGAAUAAUAAGAAUAAUAAGUAUAAACAAAUAAAGAAGUUGAAUAAUUAAAUAAAUAAAUAUAAAAUGAAUAAGAAUAGUAAGAAUAAAUUGAUAAACCUGAUUAAUUAAAAGAAAAUUAGGAGUAAAAUCUUUAAUAGAAUUAAUAAGAUAAAUAGCCAUAAAAUUUAGUAGAACAAUUAAGCAGUGCAGAAUAUUACAAAUAAUAAUAAUAAUAAAAAGAACGAUAAUAAUUUGAUUAAAAUAAGCUUAAAUCAAAAAAUUACUAAUCUCAAGGAUAACCAAAUAUCUAGUAAUAAAUAAAAAAUGAAGAUGAUGGAAGAAAAUAAAAUAAUUAAUAAGUGGAUGUGUAUAGACUUAUCAUUAGUUUUGUUGCCACUUAAUAAUAUGCUAAUAAAUUGCUGAAUUAAUUAGCUGAAAAAGUAAUAUAAUAUUGGAAAUAAGUAACAUUGAUUAUAUUAUAAUUAGGUCAUUGCUAUUGAAUAAAAACGAGCAUAAUGGGCUAAAGAUUCAUGUUUAAUAUAUAAAAAGGGCAUAACAGAAGUUCAUAACAUAUAAGUAGAAUUACCAGAAUUGAAAAUUGAUAUUGAAGACUAUUACAAUUUAAAGAAAUUAUUACCAAAAGAGAUUUCAUAAUUUGAAGAUGGACAUUAGGAAGAAUUCCUUCAAACAUUAGUAAUAAAAGAAAUGGGUUGUUAAGCAGCAAGAUUGUUAUUGAUCAAGGAAUUUAGAGUACAUAUUAUUGAUAAGAAAAAUGAAUUAUAAGCCAUUCUAGUAUUAACAAUAGAUAGAUAUGUUGGCUGUUGGUUAAAACAUGAUGAAACAAUAGAAGGUAUAUAUAAUUUAGAAUUUAGCUGUUGAUAAUCCAGUUCUUCAUUAUCCAAUUAAUGAUAUGGUUAUACAGAAGGUUAAUGAAUUAGUAUUAGAUAUAAUGCCCUCAAGACAUUUAUUGUUUUUAAAUGUAUUUUUAAUAUUUAAAUAUAGAUUGCAAAUGACAGAUAAAAAAGUAAAAUUAAAUUCCAAACAUCAGAUGAUAUGGAAGAAUUUUGUACAAUUUCAUAAGCCAAAGCAUGA